ACGGCGCCCCGUAACGAUGGAGGAACAACCGGUUGAAAGAUAUAGAUGUUUCUUUGACGUUUCCAUCGGCAGUUUGCAUUCGGGACGGAUUGUCUUUGAAUUAUUCAACGACGUCGUGCCCAAGACGUGCGAGAACUUCCGCAGUCUGUGCACGGGCGAAAAGGGAAUCGGGGAGACCACUAAAAAGUUGCUACACUAUAAGGGGGUGAUAUUCCAUAGAGUCGUCAAAGACUUUAUCAUUCAAGGAGGGGACUUUUCAAAUGGGAAUGGCACAGGUGGAGAGAGCAUCUAUGGAGGAACUUUCGAAGACGAAAACUUCCAUUUUAAACACGAUAAGCCACUUCUGCUGUCCAUGGCCAACAGAGGAAAGGACACAAACGGUUCCCAAUUCUUUAUUACCACACAACCGGCCCCUCAUCUUGACAAUGUUCAUGUGGUCUUUGGACGAGUUGUCGGUGGCGUGGAUGUUGUCCGACAAGUGGAAAAUUUACCAGUGGAUGCCAAUAGUAGGCCGCUCCAGGAUGCCAAGAUUACCAAGUGUGGGGAACUUGUGAAGCAAGUUAAAGCCAAAAAGGAAAAGAAAAGGAAGAAAGAUGAACAGGAGUCAGAGGAAUCUGAUGACUCGGAUGCUGAAAGAAAGUCCAAAAAGAAGCACAAAAAAGACAAGAAAAAGGAGAAGAAAGACAAAAAACGCAGGGAUAGUGAGCAUGAUGUAAGUGAAGAAGAAGGUGAGCUGAAGGACCCACAUCCUUUGGUCACACUUUCUGACAUUAAACCCGAAGACAUACCCGACAUUCCUACCAAUAAGUUCUUAAUGAGAGGUGCCCCCAAUAAAGAAAACGACGGUAAACAUUCUAAAAGGAAAGACAAUGAUCGCAGUUAUCGGGACAAGGGUAAAAAAGAAUGGGACAAUAGGGGGUCGUACAGACGUGGACGACCGAUGACCACCAAAAGUGGUCGUGUUAUCAAAGGACGAGGAAAAUUCAGAUACAGGACGCCGUCGCGCAGCCGGUCGCGCAGCGCCACGCCUAUCCACUGGAAGAAGGAGGAGUCGCGAGUCAUAAAACUGUCCGAGUUCGAACGAGCCGAGUCGGAUCGAAAGAAACGAGAGGAGAAACGCGAACGCAUGCGCCGCGACUCGUUCGUGGAGCGCAACAUAUCGUCGGACCGCAAGUCGUACACGCCCGAGCCGGCGCACAAGGAGGUCGACUACAACGCCUUGGACUACGAGGACAAUCAGAGCGAGGAAGACAGCGAGAUACCCAAGAAGCAGGUGCCCAGCUUGGUGCAGUAUCCGCUGUUGACGACCUUCAAUGCGGACAAACCAAAAGACAAGGUGCCCGGCAAGGAAGCCGAGGCUCCGGAGGAGGAGAUGGUGCAGAACAGCAGGUCGGAGGUGUUGGCGCUGGCGUUGGGGGUGCAGAUCAAGACGGGCGAGGACCCUCCGCAGCCGGAGCCGGCGGUGCACGAUAAGAAAGUUAAACGGCCCGAGGUGAACAGCCAGUUGAACGCCAAGUUGUACAAGCUGGCCGGCCAGGAGAACCCGAAGUUCGAGCCGCAAACUAACGAGAAACAGGAGGAUCGUGGUGGGAGGAAUAAGUUCGAGAGGGAGAAGCCGGAGGCUGGGUAUGAGAAGCGUGUCAGUCGUAACGGGAGGAGCUUCGCUCCGGAGCGUAGGCGUGGGAGGUACGAUAGUCGCAGGCCUCCUGCGAGGUCGUCGUUCAGUCGGCGGGAUUAUAGGAGUGACCGUAGGGACCGGGACAGGGACAGGGAUAGGGAACGAAGGAGGCGUUCACCCAGAAGGUCCAGGUCUAGGGAUCGGCGCCGUUCUAGGUCCAGGAAAUCCCACUCGAACACUGAAAGUAAAAGGAGGACGAGGACCAUAAGCAAAGAUAAGGUGCGGGACAGGUCCAGGAGCAAAGACAAGGUCAGAAACAGGUCUAAGUCAUUGGAGAAGGCCAAGAAGACUGUGGAAGAGAGAGUCCGGGAGUUUGACAAGGCUGAAGCCGAAGAGAAGUACACCAAACUAUUAAUUCUACGCAAGCAAAUGGAACUGCUAGAACUGAAAAAGAAACAAGAAAUCGACGAGAGGGAGGAAAAGAAAAAGAAGGCCCGGGAAGAAGCGGAGAUGCUGGAAAAGGCUAAGAAGGCCGACAAACUGGCAUUGGAAAAGCAGAAGCUUUUACAAACUUACAAAGUCCUUCAAGAGCUCGACAAGAAAGAUUUAUCUAAGUUUAAACGUGUCCGAAGGUCAUCCAGUCGGUCUAAAGAUAAGAAGAGGGGUCGCAGUGCGAGGAGUACCAGUUCCAGUUCCACUUCUAGUAGCAGUGAUUCCUCCCGGUCUCCCAGCAGGACUCCAGUUAAAAAACGUAGAUGAAGUCCUUGUUUUUAGUUGAAUGGCUCAAAACGUUUUGUCCAUGUAAUUAUAAAAAAUGGAUUAUGUAAUGUAAUUACCUGUUUUAAUAAAUAAAUAAAUAAUGUAUAGUAUAGGGAAAUAUUUGACUUGAAUUAUAUUAUUGGCCAAUAUAAUAUAGAAGAUAUUACUUAA